AUGGAGAAUGUUGUCGACUGCCAAUUGAUGGAAGAAAAAAGCAAUGGAAAAUCUCUGUUUAGAGUAAUUUACUUCAGCCACAACGCCCGUGACUUCAAGCACUACGACUUUGAAGCAGAAUCCGACAUGUCUGGUAAGUAUUGCGGUGCCUUUCUGGGUUGAUCCUUUGUGAAGCAUUGUAUAGGUACACCACUGUCCGUGCUGUAUUUACGCCCCUUGCAUGGUUAAUAAAUUAAACACUCACAAAGUCAUUUGUCUUUUUUAAAAAGUCUAAGAAAUAAAGGAUGCAAUUCAAAAGUUCAGCCGAAGAGGUUUCAUUUGAAUGGCAACAUCAUAGGAUUUUAUCCACAGGUAGAGAAGUUCAUCCCUCGCGAUAACUUGGUUUAGAUUGCAAAACCCGCUCUGGAUUGGUUACUUUUAAACCUUUGAUUACAUAAAGCACCUUCUGAUUGGAGUGGCCAUAAGUUUUUAAGUAAUAAUAAUAAUAACGUGUUUAUACUGGAUGACCAUUUCAGUUAUAAAAACUGCUAUCAAUAUGGGUCCUGUAUAAAAAUAAAUGAAUAAAUAGGUAAAAACUUAAUUAUAUACGAAACUGGGAUACAUUACAUAAUUGUAAUCAAUACCAAAAGGUAGCCUCCUUAUGAACAAAGGCCCUCUUAAUCAACUCGAGAUUGACUUUAACCCUUUAAGCCCCAGUAUCCACAUACAAAUUCUCCAAACUAAUCUCCAUACAUUUCCUUAAAGAAUGAGUUGAGAGAAUUUGAUAAAAGAUCAAGGCAUUUUUACUUGGGUGAUGAUUUUAUUAAUUCUCAUAACUUAUCUGUUGACAAUGUAUGGAUAUUGUUAGGAGAAAAUUGAUCUUGGUCAUUUUUGGGACUUAAACGGUUAACAACAGAUAACCUAUCCUUAGACCUAGUGUCAUAGUCAUGAAUAUCAUAAGUUCGCCAUCAAGAAUAAUCUGAGAAAUAACUUGGAGCUUGUUCAUCAAGACAAUUCUUGACAAGUUUGACGAUAUGUUUCUUUCUUCUCGUCUUAAGAGGGUCCCAACCAAGACCGGAAGCCAUAUCUUCAGUGGACAACUGCGCUGUCUUUAACACUAUCCUAGCAGCGGAUUUCAGUAGUGUUUGUUGCAGUCAGCGAAAUCUCUGGUCUCGAGUUGUCUGAUACCUUUGAACAAAACUUUUUUUAUCAAAUCAUCUAGACUUUUCGCAGUUCCCUAUUUUUCCGUAAGAUCGUCGAGAUCGAGCGCCAUGCGUUGCGGGUGGCCAUCAUGUACUGAGGGGACAGGUGAAGGGGUUUACUGCCCCCCGCCCACUAAGAAGAUUUGACGCUCAUCCUAAGACAGACUCGGAACAUUUGAAACCAAGUCGGCCGCCUGUAACGCAAACCCGUUCGAUCUGGACGAUCCUACGGCAAAAGAGGGGACUGGGACUGUUAAACCACUACAAAUCAUUUUCUGUGUCUAUUUCUUUGUAGGAGAGGUAGUCAAACAGGUCAAUCACAUUAUCAGAUCCAAAAUAGGCGGAGUAAGGUCCGAAUACCUGGCUACGAAGGAGAAGAAACUCGAAAAAAGAAGGUCCUUUAAGUAUUAA